AUGGGUUUAAGGAGAUUGUGUCAACGCUUCAUGGACUAUGUCAGUGACUCGGGAGGUGCCACCCAUGUUGACAUAGCAUGUGAUGAGGACCUAGUAAAGCUUGCUCUGAACCUUACCACCCUUCCGAUUUGCGUCUCAUCUGUAGAUCCUUCAGCGGUCCAUUCUGCAGUACAAGCUGGAGCUAAAAUGAUGGGCAUCGAGUUCUCUUCUGAGCAGCUGACAAGGGAAACCAGGAAGAUGCUUCCAGGCAUAACCUUAUCAGUAACUGUACCUCACACACUGAGCCUGCCAGAUCAGAUGAGACUUGCAGAGCUACUCGAAGAGGAAGGCGCUGAUAUCAUCCAAACUGAAGGCGGAAAAUGUUCUAGCCCUACAAAGCCUGGAGUGCUGGGACUAAUUGAAAAGGCAACACCAACACUGGCUGCAGCGUACUCCAUCUCCAGGGCUGUCAGCAUUCCAGUGAUGUGCUCGUCUGGUUUAAGCUCGAUGACAGCACCAAUGGCAGUAACUGCAGGAGCUGCUGGAGUGGGAGUCGGUUCUGCUGUUAACAAACUCAACGACGUUGUGGCGAUGAUCGCUGAGGCAAACAUCACCUACAGAAAGGAAGGGAAAGCGACAGACUCCGAUGUUGUGGCUGCUGCACGACUGGCAAAUGCUCACAAGUUCAUCCGUUCAUUGCAUCAGGGAUAUGACACAAUGGUUGGGUAG